GCAUGCGCGACAGAAAACUCCCAUUAUUAUUUUUUGUAAAGUGGGAAUGUAGAAUAAUAAUAAAAAAAACAACAACAACUGUGAAUUUUGGGGAUUUACAUGGCUCGUAAUGGUUGUUGGAGUACGUCGUUGGAACGGAAGACGGCCUUAGACAAGAGCGACGACGUGGCUAAGACUCAUCCAGUCUUUCUCAGCCCAGCUCCAUCGGACAUGAAGUGAGGACGGACACAUCUUCUGCACACUUUUGGACGUGAAGCUUACACCAGCAGCAGCAUGUUCCUCAGACAGUCCAUACCCUAGCCCAAACCGGAGCCUGGCUUCCCAAAGAUGACAAGCUGCUGGCAGGCUGCAGCAACACAAUGAUGGGAGGCAGUGACACGGGCAGCGGGGACAAGGAUGGGGUGGGCACCGCUGCCAUCCACAUCCCCAUUGGCUGGCACAGAAGAGCAGAUGGCGGCCGGGUGGUCUACGUCAGUCCCAGUGGCACCACACUGUCCUCCCUGGAUGAGGUGAAGACCUACCUGUUGACUGAUGGCACCUGUAAAUGUGGCCUGGAGUGUCCACUUGUCAUCCACAAGGUGUUCAACUUCUCGCUGGGAGUGAGAGUGGAGCAGCACAAGCAGCCGCUCGGCAGAGCAGAGCAGGACAUGACCAAACUGUGCAACCAUCGCAGGAAAGUGGUGGCAAUGGCCGCCCUGUGUCGCAGCAUGCAAGCGUCACAGCUGCCCUUUGCCCACCUUCAACAGCCAGAGGUGAGCAGCGGAGUGGACAGUUGCAAUCCAAAGAGGGCUCUUGUUCAGCGUGACGAAGAGGACCGGGGCACGUACCAUCCCAAGCUCCAUCCAGCUCCUGCUCGACCACACCCAAACCCCUGCGCCAGCCCCACGUCCUCCCACCACUUCAUGUACCCUUACAACGGUUCCUCGCCCGGUCCCCACACGGCCACAAACUCCCACCAUCCCCUGGAUGCUUUGCAAAGGCUUCACCAUCCUCCUCUUCCUGUAACCCUGCCCCCCGCCGCAUCCACCAGCCCCUCUUUUCUCGCCGCCCAAAGGUCCCCCCGCACUCCCACUCCUCAAGGUCAAAGAACGCCCAACACCCCUGCGUCCCCUCGGCUAAGGCCCCUAGCGUCACCUCCCUCCUCUUCCCCUAAUAGCUUCGUAGUAGGAGGAAGAGUAGCCAAGGCCCCGGGUCACCACCCUCCUCUCUCCCACUCGCCCUCAAUCCACAACAUGAAUUGUGUGUCGCCCCAUCGGCGGUCCCGCCACCCUUCGGCUUCUCCCUCCCCCGUCUCCGAGCAGGGUGGAGGCUCCAGUGCAGCAGCAGAAGCACUGAUGGGAAGUCAUUUACCACAGCGGAGGAGGUCCUGCUCCUCCUCGCCGCGCUCCCCUCUCCCGUGUGGCUCCCCGAAUCCCAGUCCCCACCUCUCCAAGUUCAAGCUGGAGGACAUCUUGGAGCAGCUGAAGAACUCUGGCAACAAUAGCACUAAUAGCUCCCAGCUCCCUUGGAACCCCAACCAAAGCAGUAGCAGCCCUCAUGCGUCCCCCCUGAAGGCCUCAAAGAGCACAGCCAGUCCCAGCACAGGACCGCAAGGUUCUGGCUUGACAUUGGUGACCAACCACAGCCACCAGGGGAAGCUGCUGCCCACGACGACGUCUUUUCCUGCCAGCAGUCUGCUCUCGGCAGCUGCCAAGGCUCAGCUGGCGAGCCAGGUGACCCCGGGCCAGGAUCAAACCCUGGACUUUUUGACAGAGGCAACAAACAGCACUUUACAGAACAGCCAUCUUGCGGCUGCCACGAGGCCUCACUAUCCCUCCCUCGCAGCCACCUCUUCCGUUCUCUUCCCAACGUCCCACUCCCUGGCCCAGUCCUUGGCUUCCACCUUGCCCCGCCUGCCUCCCAAAGUGGAGCGCAAUGCAUCGCACAGGAAGAGGCAGCGGCGGUCUCCCGGCGUGCUCAGCAUAAUCAGAGACCCCCAGCCACGGAAGACCCCGCCAGGAGACUGUGUCCCGGCUACUGCCAUCAACCUGUCCUCGUCGGCUUUCCCACACUCUUCCUCUACCUCAGAGAGCGUCGUGUCCGAGCACCGUCAUCCCACACCCAAGCUCCCGACUCCCAGACCCACGGGGCAUCUCUCCCCACCUCCUCCUGGACGGGGAGAGGCUAUGGAUGUCACUACAGGCCCGGUGCCGACCCACUUUGCUUUGGAUCCUCCGACGCAACCCCUUUCUGCUCUCUUACACCUGCUCAGUGUGCAGAAUGCUCAGGCCUCGGCUUCUCACCCUGUGGAAGGGGGUGGUCACACUAAGUCUCCUCUCAACCCUCAUUUCUGUGCCAGAACCAACAACACUAACACAGCGCCCGUGGUUCUAGAGGGGCUUUCGCCCCCUCGCACCUCCGCUCAUUUCAGAUCAGUGCAGUCACAAUAUCCAUCUGUCAGGUCCGCUUCUCUACAAAGACAUUCCCCUACGUCAAAUUCAGCUUUACACAACAGCAGCCC